AUGCAAUAUCGUUACGGGAAAAUAUUGUUAGCAUCUUCUAUCCUUUUAAGUGUUGGCAUUUACUAUUAUGUAAAAGAGUCAAAAAAUUGGGACUAUCAGCGAAGAUAUGAAGGUGUUUUAAGGGAUUUAGAAAGACAAAAAUCAAAACUUGAAAAAUGGAAAGCUGACAAUUUAUAG